UCAGGCGGGGCGCAGGGGGUACGCGUGUGCUUGUACGUGCCCCCGGAUGCUCCAAGGGUUAGAUGACUGGAAGAGGGUCCUCGCGACCCCCCCGAUGGGCUCCCAGGGGGCACCAGCAGCCGUGCCCAGCCGUCCCCUCCCUCCGUCGGUGGGGGGUGCCCUUGCCCAGGGAGCGCCUUGGGGCUGAAAUCAGCUGCUCUCUCGUCCCAGGCGGCUGUAGCCGGAGAGCCCUGGGCUGGGCUGGGUAGACGCCUGCGCCCUCUCCUGCACAGGUGGCCGCGCUCCUCCGAGGAAUCCCCUCGCUGCCAAGAAGUGACCCCCCAGCCCCGAGGAUCCUGCGCGGCGGACAGAGAUGCAGCCGGAACCCAAACCUGGCGAUCUGAUUGAGAUUUUCCGAAUGUGCUACAGUCAUUGGGCCAUUUAUGUAGGUGAUGGUUAUGUUGUCCACCUGGCACCUCCAAGUGAAUAUGCUGGGGCUGGUGCUUCCAGCAUCAUGUCAGCCCUCACGGAUAAGGCCACAGUGAAGAAGGAGCUGCUCCGUGUGGUGGUCGGGAGCGACAAGUAUCACGUGAAUAACAAACAUGACAACAGGUACCAACCACUGCCGGUCAACAAGAUUGUCCAACGGGCUUUGGAGGAGGUGGGGAAGGAGGUACUCUAUAAGCUGACCAGCGAGAACUGUGAGCACUUUGUGAAUGACCUGAGAUAUGGAAUCCAUCGGAGUGAUCAGGUCAGAGAUGUCUACAUUGGAGCCGGGAUAGCUGGUGGUUUGGCUCUUGCUGGCCUCUUUGGUGUAUUGGUUUCAAGAAACAGGCGGCAAAACCAAUGAGAUGGUCAUCCAAGUUAUGGAAGCUUAGCUGCGCCACAGGUUAUAUUGUGCAACAUGGCGUUCAGUGCCUUAAUGCUUUUAAUAAAGUAAGAUGGUUUUAUUAAAAAAAAAGUCCACUGGGAAAGGGCCCAUGAUAAGUCUGCUGCAAGCUCUUCCUCCUGGGUUAGAUGGAAAGUUGAACUAUCUUCCAUAAACCUUUCCUGGUUUGGGCAGCCCAUUCUCUCCUUUGCCAUCCUUGGAGGAAAAGAAUAAUAAGUGGCCCCAGACUGUACCUCAUACUCCUUAAUCAUAAAACUCAGAGCUGGAAGGGUCCUUAGUGAUCUAUCCUCUAGCCCCAGUCCCUCAUUUAAGAGAGGAAGGAAUAGAGAAGCUGUGACUUUUCCAAGGUCAAACAGUGGGAAAGGCAUAGAACUACAAUUCGGGGGCUUCUGGUACCAAAUCCAGCAUUCUUUUCACAAUGCUCAAUUGCCUCUUUGUGUGCUAGGAGACAGAACAAUGUUAUUAUUCCUUUAUUGCCUUGAAGACCAGAAUUCCCUGCUUCCCACAGUGAUUUCUAAAACAAAUCAACCCCCAGAAAGAAAGACAUCACAUCCAAAUACUUACUAUAUAAAAGAAUCCACGAAAAAUAAAAAUAAAUUGGAAUAAAUCUGGCUUUAUAGAAUUUACAGUAGGGGGCAGGAGGGAGGGAAGAUAAAGCCAAGUAGUCUGUUUUUCUUUUCCAUCAAUGAGAGGAUGGGACAAUCCCUUCUAGGUGGCAGGGGUCUGGAAUUUCUCUCUAGUCCCAUUCAUUGGCCAUGGUCAAGGUGAGAACUCCCUAUAGGUCUCCUCUGGCUAGCUGCUGAGAUUGGAAGGAGGGAAAGUGCUUCUGGAGGAUUUCUGAAGAGCAGUCUCUCUCUCCCCGACCAGAUUUUCCUUCAGCUUUCCCACGGCCUUAGGCUUGGGUGAAGAUGGAAAAGACCCCUUAUUUUCAUUCCCCUGUGAUUGGAAGAGUGUCAGGGAAGGGCUCCAGCAUAUCAGAGGACCAACCUGGCUGGAGGAAAUUCACCCUCAGAGACCGACUGCUUUAGGUUAAAACAUACCAGGUUCAGGAAGUCCCCCCUCCCUCUCUCCCCACCCCACCCCCCGGAUUGUGAGGCUUCAGGUAAUAUUGAUUUUGUAAACUUAUUACCGUCCUUGUCUAAGAUUUCGGUCUGGCCAAUCUGCCCUUGAUGAUCUGAGGAAAUGGAGUACAGUCUAGGAAAGUUUGGGUGGUGCCCAGCAGGCAGGUAAGAAGAGGAGGUCUGAGGCAUGGGGUGCUGCUAGGAAAAGCUGCCCUGGAUUCCAGCAGAGUGGAGAGCAGCUGGUAGAGAGAUGCAGAAAAAUGGGCCUGGGGAGAAAGAGAGAAAAACCAACCAGCCCUUUGGUGCUACAUGAAGUGAGAAUCCAUUUGGUUUGAGAGAAAUCACCAAUCCCCAUCUAUGGAACAGUUACUCUAUUCAAAGGUGGUUUCUGCCUUACAAAGGGCAGCUUUUGGGGUAUAUGAAAAUCGUGGGAGCCAGAUCUGGAGUUGGGAGAGUAGGCUUUGUCAUGAUUAUAUGGCCUCAGGGAAGUCAUUUCCCCUCCUAUGCCUCAAUUUCCUCAUCUUUCAUUUGAGAGUAAAAAGUGCCUUCUUCCCCAGCAAUGCCUUAAGACUGAUAUGAGAUAUGUGUGAAGAUGCUUUGAAAAUUAUAAAAUAUUCUCAAUUUUUCUUAAAAUUAAGAAAAUAAAAAAAUAAAUGCUUA